ACACGCAAUAGCCAAUACAAAAAAAACUACAGCAACAACGAAUCAAUAGAAAAUAACAUUUGUAAAAACAAUAAGAGGAAAGAAACCAAAGGUUAAAAAACCAUGACAUACGACCCCAUGAUUUUGCCAUACAUGGAAGACAAGCCAACACAUACGAUUAUGGAUACAUUUAGUACAACAACCUUUUCACCCACAGCGAUGGCAUCAACAAUGGCGACAUCUCUCUUAAAGUCCAAUAAGAGCCUCCAUCUAUUGGAUAUGGCUAAUAAAAACUCAAGUUUAGACAUCACCGAGAACGAUUUCCGCCUGUUUGUCGAAUACAUGCAGCUCUAUAAGACAACACACGAGUGUGCGGAUUACUGUAAAGGAGAUUUCUAUCAAAUGCUGAGAGCUUACAACGGUAUACAUGGUUAUGUUGCCCUAAUGAUUUGUAUUUUCGGCACAAUAGCGAACAUUUUGAAUAUAAUGGUUUUGACAAAAAAGGAUAUGGCCAAAGCGCCCAUUAAUAAAAUUUUAAAAUGGCUAGCAGUAGCCGAUAUGUUUGUUAUGAUUGAAUACAUACCAUUUGCAUCGUAUCAAUAUAUUUAUAUGAAACCGGGCGAAAAAGACUUCAGUUAUGCUUGGGCGUUAUACAUCCUAUUCCACAUGCACUUUACCCAAGUGUUGCACACAAUUUCAAUUGGACUAACGGUGACUUUGGCUAUAUGGCGUUAUGUUGCAAUAAGACAUCCACAUGGACCUUGUGCCAGUUUCCUGCUGUCUCACUGCAAAGAAUCCAUAUUGUUUUCAUUCAUCAUCUCGCCGAUUGUUUGUUUUCCCACACUGUUUGUGUUUAAAGUGCGUGAACGAAUGGUGAGGGACAGCGAUGUGCCACUCUAUCAUGUUGAUGCGGAUAAAGCAACACAAUUGUACAGAAUUAACUUUUGGAUACAUUCGGUUAUAAUAAAAUUAUUACCCUGCUGCAUAUUGACCAUCAUUAGUUUUGUACUGGUAAGAGUAUUGUGUGAAGCAUCGAAACGCAAACAAAAGCUCAAGGAAUACAGUAAUCCAAGCAAGAGUACGACACAGCAUGUUGCCAUUCAUUUAUGCAGGCCACCCAAAUGUGAUCGUCGCACGGAUCGUACUACCAUGCUCUUGGUUGCCGUUCUCAUACUCUUUCUUAUAACGGAAUUUCCUCAAGGUAUUCUAGGCUUAAUGUCUGGCAUUAUGGAGAAGUGCUUCUUUAAUGCCUGCUAUCCACCCUUUGGCGAAUUGAUGGAUCUAUUGGCGCUAAUAAAUGCCGCUAUUGAUUUCGUUUUGUACGGUUUGAUGUCAAAACAAUUCCGCACCACAUUUAAGUCGUUAUUUUUUAAAAGGCACUUUGGCAGCAUUGAACUGACACGUACCACACGUUUGACAACGACCUGUGUAUGAUUUUACAAAAAAGAAAUGCUUGCUGUUAAUAACAAUACAAAUACCCAACAAACUACUACAGCCAGCACAACACUGUUCACCAGGAAUAAAUUGAAAACUAAGCAGACUGAAGUCUCAAUAGUUGCAGCAGCCGCAACAGCAGAUGUAUUUGCCCCCAGAGUCCAGUAAUUCAAACAGGAGUGUGAUAUUUUUG